AUGGGGGAAGCGGCGGUUCCGGGGACGGGGAGCAGGGGCGUGGGUAGUGAGGGCCAGCUCCUCCCCCGGGACUCCGCCCUUCAUAGUCCGCCGGCGGCUCCCGGGAGGCCAGAGGCCCUUGCUCGAAAGGGCGCCCCCGGCUGGCCGCUCGGAGCCGGGUCCUCCUGCUGCAGCUGCCUAGAUCCCUCGGGCCCUGCCGGGCACCUACCGCGAGACUGGGGGGCGGAGGUUACGGCUCGGCCACCGCUCGAGCCUUCAGGGACCUUUGUCCCUGGAGAUGCCCCCCUGAGCUCCUGGGAUCCCCUGGGAUCCCGGUCCUGGGAGGCUCCGUUUCCGCUAGAGUCCUCUGCGGUCCUCGCCCCAGCACACAAGAGCUCCAGAAGAAUCACUCCACACAUUAACCGCAGCCCGUCCUCCUAUCAGGUCGCUAGACCCGGUCUCCGAGGGCAACCCUACGGCGCGCUCCUCCCGAACGGAAGCCGCGGGACGAAGUUCCCCUCGGGGGAGGCCCUGGCUCAUCCCCGGACUCAGCCCGGAUCCCGGGGUGUAAACUGUCAAACCGACACCCCAUUCACUCCAGUCCCGGAAGGUCCGGCCCACCGCCAACACUCCACCCCCCGCCCCCGCCCGCUAGGGUCCCCGGCCCGACUUCUCGGGAGCCCGGGACAGUGGGUCCCAACGUUUCCUCCUCCGCCCGCCUCUCCGUCCUCUCUCCAACCCGGUCCCCCCUCAACUCUCACCCCUCCCCUGCGCCGCUCACCGCAGCUUUCCAAGGGUCCGGGAUCUCCGACAGCUUCCACCUCCAGCUUCUUUAAAGCCGGCCUUACGCAGCGCUGUCCAACCGCCAGAGGCCUUCUUGUCUAUACCUUGGGCACCGCCCAAUUGCCAGCCCUGAUCUUCCGGGGUUGGGAGCGACUACGUGAAACCGCCCGGCGGCCAUGACAGCUAGGGGCAGAGACGCUCGAUGGGUACAGCGCCGCCAUUACGAUUGAGGGCAGGCCGGUCUGAACAAUGAUGGGCCGAGCGGCAUCACUUUUUAAAGGCCCCUCAGCGGUCGACCACUGGGCCACGUUUGGACAACUGUAGUGAGGCGAAAGCUUCUUCGCCUUCCGUGUUUUCUUUUCUUGUUCCGCCGCCAGUAAACGUCGAUCGAAUGCUAACGGCUUGAGAAAGUCCCAUUCUCUUAGGCUCAGGUAUUGUCUGCGGGCCACUCUGAAGCUCCAGGACAGGCUUCGCUGCAGGAGGCCAACCGGGGGUUGCUCGGUGGAGCGGGUUCUGUGUGCCUUCUGGGCUCGCAAAUGUGACUCUGAAGAGGGGCCUGUUCUGUGCAGGGGGUCAGGUACUCUUUAGGAGUAAGUGAUAAGGAGCAGAAUCCUAAUGCUUGGAGAGCUUGCACCGGUGGACCUUUUAUUAGGAGCUGGGCUAUUGGUGGGGAAGAAAUUGGCAUUUACUGGGGUUUUGCACUGUGAAUGUGCCUUCAUCCUAACUACCGUAGGACUGCCUGUUUCAAGUGGGUGGGGGUGGGGUUGUGUGUUGGCACGUGUUGGGUGUCUUUCACAAUUGCUCUUUUUGAAGAAAAAAAAAUUACUCUGGCAGGAGUGGUGGCUCACUCCUGUAAUCCCAGCUCUCAGGGAGGCAGAGGCUGGAGUUCGAGGCCAGCCUGGUCUACAAAGUGAGUCCAGGACAGCCAAGUGUACACAAAGAAACCCUGUCUCAAAAAACCAAAAAUUAACACACACACACACAAACUUAAAAAGUGUUUUAUUGCCAAGCAGUGGUGGGGCACACCUGUAAUCUCAGCACUCAGAGUGGCUACCAGGCUGUGGACGGGCAGCCCAACAGUGGCUGUCUGCUGACAGAAAGGCCAAGGAGCCAGUAGUUGCUCAGUUCACAAGACAGUCUCAAUCAGGCACCAGGUCCCAGGGAACUCCUAGGGAGCUGCUGAUUUUCAGUCCGUGUUGGAAUCCUGAAAAAGUAGAUUGUAACGCCAGUGAAGGAAUGCCCUGGGGAACAGGAGAGGUGAAUUGCCAGUUAGAGUGAGGGUAUAAAGCAAAAAGCAAAAGCUUCCUUCUUCCAUGUUUUUAUGUGAGCUGCAACAGAAGGUGGUGGCCCCGAUUGAGGGAAGGGCUUUUAUAGCUCAAAUAAUCCAAACAAGCAAAUCCCUCACAGGCAUGCCCAGUUGGGUUUUAGUUAAUUCUAGAUUAGCCAUCCCAUGUGUGUUUAUGUGUGGGGGCACACGUGUCACUGUGCAUGUAUGGAAACCAGAAGACAUAAGAAUUGUUUCUCUCCUACCCAGGGUCCCUGUGGGUCCCAGGGAUAAAACUUAGGUUGUAAGGCUUGGUGUUAAGCUCAUUUACCACUGAACCAUUUCCUUCAAGUUGACAAGAAAAUUAGACAGUGCAAAACUUGAUUUUAUUUUUCAGCAGAGGGUGAAAAAGAUGGUAUCACACUGGUGGUGGCGGCACACACCUUUGAUCCCACACCAGGAGGCAGAGGCAGGCCGAUCUCCGAGUUCAAGGCCAGCAUGGUCUACAGAGCGAGUUCCAGGACAGCCAGGGCUACACAGAGAAACCCUGUCUGGAAGAAAAAACAAAAAAAGAUGGUAUGACAUAGUUCCGUUACAUACACUUUAGAGCUGGUGAGAUGGGAUGCUCAGUGGUUAGAGCAUUUGUAGCGAUCCCACAGGGCUACUCGCAACCCUCUGUAACUCCAGUUCCAGGGGAUCUGGUGCUACCUUCUGCCUUCUGUGAGCACUGGGUAUUCCUGUGCACAUACAUACACAUAGGCAGAAAGGAAACAUACACUUUAAAAUACUGACUUUAAUUAAUUAAGUUUGACAAUUUCAUAUGUCUAUGCUGCGUUCUGGCUACUAUUUCCCUAACCCUCUCAUAUCUCCUCUCACCCUUAACACUAGAUUUCCUCCAUACCUGCCUCCUUUCUGGGUAGCCUUGGCUGUCCUGGAACUCACUCAAUAGACCAGGCUGGCUUCAAAGAUCUGCCUGCUUCAAUCUCCCCAAAUGCUGAGGCUAAAGGUUUGUGUCACCAUCUUCACCCCCCUCGACCCCCAAGAUAUAGGAAAUGUCUUAAUCACCAUACUGGCUAGUUUUAUGUCAUCUCAACACAAGCUGGAGAUAUCAGAGAGGAGGGACCCUCAACUGAGAAGAUGAGAUGGGCUAUAGGCAAGCCUGGAGGACAUUUUGUUACUUGGUGAUUGAUGGGGAGGGCCCAGCCCAUUGUGAGUGGUGCCAUCCAUCCCUGGGCUUGCUGCUCCUGGGUUCUCUAAGAAUGCAGGCUGAGCAAGCCAGGAGGAUGAACCAGUAAGCAGCAUCCUCCAUUGCCUUCCCAUCAGUUUCUGCCUCCAGGUUCCUGCUGUGAGUCCCUGUUCUGACUUGGUUUGAUGAUUAAAUAUGAUCUGAAAGCAUAAAAUGAAUAAACCCUUUCCUCCCCGAGUUUGGUCAUGGUAUUUUAUCAUAAGGAUAGUAACCCUAACUAAGACAGUUACUGUUCAAUUGCUGUGAAAAAAAACACCAUGACCAAGGCAAUUUAUAAAAGAAAGCACCAUGGCCAGCAGAAUAAUAUUCCAGACGCAAAAAGGUAGUUAGGUUCAACAUGAGUAGCUGGGGUUAAAACUGGUUAAAACUUCAAGAGUCUGACUCUGAGUAGUUUAUUUUAGCAUAUUUAAGCACAAUUUAGUGCAAAUGUUCUUGGUGAUAAUUAAUGCAAUCCUGUGCAUACAGUAAAGCAUACAUAAAUCUCCUUGAGGAAAAAAGUAAGCUAAAUAAAGAUCAGACGUGACAACCUCGAAA